AUUGAGUAUGAGAACCCCCCCCCCCUCAUUUUUGGAGGUUCUUACUUUAAUAUAAUAAGGGCAAUUAUAUUUGCAAUUGUCCUUUUGACGUUGACGAUUAGUGGAAAGUUUUUAGUAAAAUUGGUAUUGAUUUCUUUGGUGGUAUUGGGUGUUCAUGCUGGCAAAAGAGCAGACACUUUCAAAAGUUUCAAUAUUUAUUUUGCUUUCUAG